AUGGCCGUCGCCGUGGUAUUUGGUGCUUCUGGUAUCUCUGGAUGGGGCAUUACGAAAGCCUUGUUAGACGCAAAAACACAGAACGCGUUCAGCAAAAUUAUCGCACUUACCAACAGAUCACUCUCUCUCGCAGAAUCUGGCUUACCGGACGAUGAUCGACUCCAAUUGCAUUCAGGGAUUGAUCUGCAAGCAAACGUAGACGAUGUAAUCGCAAAGCUACGGGAACGCAUUCCUAGCAUCGGAAAUGUCACGCACGUCUUUUACACUGCAUUCAGUACAUCACACACUGAUAACCAAUUGAUGAUGAAGGCCUCGAAUACCAAGAUGCUUAGGACCAUGGUCGAAGCUAUGGAAACUGUGGCACCUUCAUUAUCAUUUAUUGCCGUACAGACUGGUUCGAACCAUUAUGGCAUUUUGUUCGCCGAAGUUCUUGGAGAACGAUUUGGUCCAGUACCUCUGAAGGAAGAUCUACCGCGUCUACCUUCACCACUCCGGGACUCGCUCAUGUUCUACGCCAUGGCAGAUGAAAUGGAUGAACUUUCCCGAGGCAAGAGCUGGAAGUGGUGUGACAUUAGGCCUGACAUGAUCGUUGGAUAUCUGCCUAGGCCGAACUCCCAUAGCAUUGCCGAGUCUAUUGGAUACUAUCUAGCAUUCCAUGCAUAUCUCACGCCUGGAGAGGAGGUGCCCUUUCCUGGUUCGGAAGCAGCUUGGAACGCCAAGUUCAGCCUGACUGGCCAGGGUGUUCUUGGAAACUUCAAUGUUCACCUUGCUUGCAAGAACAGUAUUGAGAACGGAGAAGCAUUCAACAUAGCCAACAAGCCCUUCACUACCUGGGCUUCCCUUUGGCCGCUACUUGCGGGUUAUUGGGGACUUAAGGGAACAGCGCCUGUUGGCCAUCACGGAAUCCCAGAUGCCGCUUCAUGGGUCCUCGAUAACAUGGAUCGUGUCAAGGGCUGGGAAGAGAAAUACUCAAUGAAGCCUGGCAGACUCUUCAAGAUUCCAUGGAGGUAUUUCCAUUGGGCACUUAACAUGCCAUUUGACCGCUAUUUAGACCUUACAAGAUGCGAGCAAACUGGCUUUCAACAGCACGAGGAGCACAAAGAAAGCUUUGAAACUGCAUGGAAAUGCAUGCAAGAGGCAAAGUUGCUCCCGAUCGUCGAUAAGUCGUCUACACCCCCUUGA